GCUAUUGACUUACCACCCUGACCUCUAUUGGAAGUGUAAAUCUUAUGGGAAUUGACAGUUCGCGCUUCGGUGUUGAUUGAGAGGAAAGGGAGAAUGUCGGAAAUAGACGAUACGGCUGUUUUGGACGUGUCAUCCGAAUGCAAGUCCUUAAUGUUGCAGAGGCAGUGUAGCAGGGAUACAGAUGUCAUGUCUAAUUACAGUACUUCAUUGGAUGAUUCCGUGGUUGCUUCCCCAUCAGUUGAGAGCUUUUCAACGCUGCCAGACCAGGAAUUGUCAGAGUUUGGUGUUGAUACGAGGGAUUUGGUGGUGAAAGUUGAUAAUCCACAGAAGCACCUUGACACACUGGAAACAUACAUAACAUUUCGUAUUACAACAAAGACGACGCGAACCGAGUACGAGGAAACUGAAUACGUAGUUAGGAGGAGGUACAAUGAUUUCGUUUGGCUUCGUCUGAAACUGGUUGAAGCGUUUCCAACUCAUCUAAUUCCACCCCUUCCAGCUAAACACACCUUAAUAGCUCAGUUGGAUCGGUACUCAAAAGAGUUCAUUAUAGCAAGAAUGGCUCUUCUCCAUCGCUUUCUUAAUAGAAUUGCAAGUCAUCCUGUUCUGAGCUGUAACUUGAAUCUCAAAAUAUUUCUGACUGCAAAACCAUCAGAAUUUUCAAUACACCGUAAAUGCCGACUCAGUCUUCUUGGAAGAGUGUCAAACUCUUUGCAGAACUUGGCUUCAGUGUACAUGAUGCAUCAGAAGAAUUCAGAGUUUGACCGUAUUAGGGACUAUUUGACAUCACUUGGAGAAAAACUUACAAAUAUAGACAAAAUAGCACAAAGGAUUCAAAAGGAAAGACAAGAAUAUUUAUAUGAGAUGCACCAGAUGCACCCUAUAUUUACCUUGUGGUCCGCAUCUGAGCCAGAACUUAGUCCAGUAUUGCUUGCUUUGGCAAGUGCUGUUGAACAUAAUUCUCGUUCGCUGCAUAAUGUUCUUGCUGCUGCUAACCCGAGCUUUGUACAGCCAUUGAAGGAGUAUCUGCUGUACAUUCAAGCAGUGAAAGAAGCCCUGCAACGCCGAGAUGCCUUUGAAAUAGAGUAUGAGUUGGCAGUGGAUGAGCUUAAGAAAAAAAGAGCAGAAAAGGAACAGCUGAUGGCUAUGGAGCAACAGGUUCCAAUGAAUUCUGGAGGGAACUUCAGUCUUGGAGGAGGCUCACUGUGGAGAAGUUCUGGUGAAGCAAGAGAGGAAAAAAUACAAAAAUUAGGUGCUUCUAUACCACAACUAAUCAAGCAAGUAGAGGAAAAUCAAGACAAAGUUGAAUGUGCAAAUGAAGAUCUGAGAGCUGAUUUGGAGCGUUGGAACCACGAGAAAAAAGAAGAUCUGAAGAAAAUAUUUCUUGCACUUGCAAAUCAGCAGAUUAAAUAUUAUGAGCAGUGCCUUGGUGCAUGGGAGGAGGUCCUUCCAGAAAUUAGGGGUUGCAGUGAAACCUCACAACAUAGCAAGCCUCUUCAGGUGUCUAGCUAGUUUAGUCCAUAGCCGUUACGCUAUUUUUUAAAAACACACACACACACACACACACACACACACACACACACACACACACACACACACACAGAGAGAGAGAGAGAGAGAGAGAGAGAGAGAGAGAGAGAGAGAGAGAGAGAGCAAGUGAUAUUGUGUUGUGGAAAGCUUUAGUCUUUUUCAUUGUAGAAUAGUGAUGGAGUGCAAUAAUUAUUUCUAUUUUAUUUCUGAGUCUGUAAAACUGAAUCUUGUUUAUCAUCUGCAUAUGGUUGUGAUAUGGUCAUUAUAAGUGAGUUACAUUUAAUUGAAUUGUUACUAGACUC